AUGCUUUUGAAGAGGGAAUAUCACAACAUGAAUGACAGAGCAGCCACAAGAGAGGGACUAAGGCCAGCAAGGAACCACGAGAAACAGCCAAUGAGGAACCACAAGAAAAGGCCAGCAAGGAACCACGAAGAAAGGCCAGGGAAAGACCACCACGAACGGCCAGGAAGGAACCAUGAGGAAAGGCCAGAGAGGGACCACCAUGAACGGCCAGGGAGGAACCACAAGGAAGAACCAGGGAGGGACCACCAUGAACAGGAGGAACUUGAGAG